GGGAACUAUACGAUUGAGAAGUUUGAAUCAUACCGAUACUGUUAAUCUUCAACAAUAUUACAAUGAACAAAGAUCAGCGUGGAGUUUAGGUGUUAGAAUUCUGGAAAAUGGCUUAAACUUUAAGCCUUACCGAACAUUUCUAGAAUUUGAUCCCCAUACUUCGGUUAGAAAAUCCAGAAGUCGUAAUCCUGACUUGUAA